UCAUCAGAUGAAGGAAUGAUACUCUUGAAACAUGACAAGAAACUGGACUAAUUAAAGUUUUCCUAUUUCAGGAAAAAAACCCGAAAUGUAUAGACCAGGGGAAACGGUCAAACGUCGACUCAACAUGCAUGCUCCUCCUCGGAUAAGAAGUGUGGAAGUUGCUAGAGGAAGAGCAGGUUAUGGGUUUACCCUUUCUGGACAAGCUCCUUGUGUUCUUAGUUGUGUUAUGAAAGGAAGCCCUGCAGAUUAUGUUGGACUUAAAGCAGGAGAUCAGAUAUUUGCAGUUAAUGAAAUCAAUGUGAAAAAGGCCUCUCAUGAAGAUGUAGUGAAACUUAUAGGAAAAUGUUCUGGAGUCCUGCACAUGGUCAUUGCUGAAGGGAUUAGUCAUAUGGAUUCCUGUUCAAGUGAUGAAGAAGUUGGUUUUUAUGAUGGGAAGGGAUGGCUGAAACCCAAACCUGACUCUAAAGCUCUGGGCAUAAACAGAGCAGAGAAAGUUGUUGAAGAAAUGCAGUCUGGUGGCAUUUUCAACAUGAUCUUUGAGAAUCCUACUCUUUGUGCUGGUAACCCAGACAAUUCUGCACCGAAACAAAGAUCGUUUUCAAUUUCUGAUGCUAUUAGAUUUGAAACUGGCAAUGAAAGUGUAAGUAAUCCAAACCUACUGUCAAAGGAAGAAAUAUCCAAAGUCCUGAAUGAUGAUUCUGUUUUUAGAAUUGGACUGGAGAGCACAGAAGACUUUGGAUUAGAUGCAAGCAUUUUAAAUGUUGCCAUGAUUGUGGGUUACCUAGGCUCAAUUGAGCUUCCUUCAACAACCUCGAAUUUGGAAAAUGAGAGUUUGCAGGCGAUUCGUGGAUGCAUGAGACGUCUGCGGGCAGAACAAAAAAUCCAUUCACUAGUGAUGAUGAAGAUAAUGCAUGACUGUAUUCAGCUCUGCAGUGACAAAUCAGGUGUAGUGGCAGAAUAUCCUGCAGAGAAACUGGCAUUCAGUGCUGUUUGCCCCGAUGAUAGAAGAUUCUUUGGACUAGUUACAAUGCAGACAAAUGAUGAUGUAAGCUUGGCUCAGGAAGAUGAAGGAGUUCUGAGGACAUCUUGCCAUGUUUUUAUGGUGGAUCCCGAAUUAUUUAAUCAUAAAAUUCACCAGGGCAUAGCACGACGUUUUGGACUGGAAUGUACAGCAGAUCCAGACACAAAUGGCUGUCUAGAGUUUCCAACAUCAUCUCUACCCGUUCUUCAGUUUAUUUCUGUCUUGUAUAGGGAUAUGGGAGAAUUGAUUGAGGGAAUGCGUGCGAGGGCUUUUCUUGAUGGUGAUGCAGAUGCUCAUCAGAAUAAUAGUACAAGCAGUAACAGUGAUAGUGGAAUUGGGAAUUUUAACCAAGAAGAAAAGAAUAAUAGAGUUCUGGUGGUUGAUUUAGGGAGCAAUCCAAGUAAACACAUUCCUAACAGCAUAUGGGAAAAUCCAGUAGGAAGGGGACAAAAUCAGCCUGCUUCCCAUUGGAAUGGCUUCUGUCAUGAACAAGAAGGAAACAUUCCUUUAGAAGUAAUUCAGAAUGAUAAGUCCCAAAACGUAAGCAAACACUUAAGUCCUUCUGCUCGUAUUGAAGUUCCACUGGUUUCCUCACGAAAUUCGGUACCCCCAUCAAAGAAAAAUGCUGCAGGCAUAGGCAAUCAAAGGUGGUUGCCUGUGCAUGUUUUACAAGAAUGGCAACAUGGAAAUGCUAGUGACCAGGAGUCGUACACUGAUUCGACAGACGGCUGGUCGAGUGUUAAUUGUGGGACUCUUCCCCCGCCAAUGAAUAAGAUUCCAGCUGACAGAUACAGAGUUGAUGGCAGCUUUGGUCAGCCACAGUUAAAAUCUCAUAAAAAUGAAUGGUCUAAGAAGAUGUUUUGCAUGCAGAACAAGUUUGGCCCUCCGCACAGUAUUAGAAAGUCUAAGGAAGAUAAAAAGGGUGCAAAAUUUGGACAUCCAAUGGGAUUAAAUCAGGCUCCUCCCCCACGUUCUUCUGUUCGAAGAUCAUUUGGAAGAUCUAAGCGAUUUAGUAUUACUCGUUCUCUGGAUGACCUUGAGUCAGCAACUGUUUCUGAUGGAGAGCUGAACAGUACUGAUUUAAAAGACUGCAUCAGUGAAAACAGCCUCAGUAGCAAUGCUAGUCUUCCCAGCGUACAGAGCUGUCGACGACUUCGAGAAAGAAGAGUUGCAAGCUGGGCUGUUUCUUUUGAGCGUCUUCUUCAGGAUCCCAUUGGUGUUAAGUAUUUUUCGGAAUUUCUACGGAAAGAAUUUAGUGAAGAAAAUAUUUUAUUUUGGCAGGCCUGUGAAUAUUUUAACCAUGUACCUGCACAUGAUAAAAAAGAACUUUCUUACAGAGCUCGGGAGAUCUUCAGUAAAUUCUUGUGUAGCAAAGCUACGACCCCAGUUAAUAUUGAUAGCCAGGCACAGUUGGCAGAUGAUAUACUCAAUUCCCCUCAUCCAGAUAUGUUCAAGGAACAACAACUUCAGAUAUUUAACUUGAUGAAGUUUGAUAGCUAUACUCGCUUUCUGAAAUCCCCCCUUUACCAAGAAUGCAUCUUAGCUGAAGUAGAAGGUCGUCCUCUUCCUGAUCCUCAACGUGUUCCCAGCAGCCCGACUUCUAAACACAGUAUCAGUUCAGAGAAGUCCAAUAUCUCAACACCGAAAAAGUUAAGUGGUAAAUCAAAAUCAGGAAGAUCUUUAAAUGAAGAGUCAGGAGAGGAGGACACUGAGAAGAAAAAAAGGGGAACGUUUUUCUCAUGGUCAAGAAGUAAGAGUUUGGGAAAAUCACAGAAGAGAAAAGAAAAUGGUGAUUAUCCAAAUGAUUCUAUUCAGUCCAAUGGAUUAUCAUACAGACGGGAAUCACAAGGCUCCAUGUCAUCAACUGCUAGUCUUGACUUGUCUGAAGCCUCAAGAUUACCUGCAUUUGUACCAGAUAAAGAGAAAUCCACCAAAUACUGCUGUAUAAACCUUCCAGAUGGUUCAUCCAGCAAAAUGGCUGUUAAAUCCGGAUUCUCUAUCAAAGAGGUGCUAUCUGGGCUCUGUGAGAAACAUGGCUUUAACAUAGCUGCAGUGGACCUUUUUUUAGUUGGAGGUGAUAAGCCACUUGUAUUGCACCAAGACAGUAGCAUCCUGGAGUCUCGGGACCUACGUUUAGAAAAACGCACUUUAUUUCGGCUGGACCUUGUUCCAAUCAAUCGAUCAGUUGGUUUGAAGGCUAAACCCACCAAACCAGUAACAGAGGUGUUAAGGCCUGUGGUUGCAAAAUAUGGUUUAAAUCUUAAUGAACUUGUGGCAAGACUAAAUGGUGAGCAGGAACCACUUGAUCUUGGUGUCCCUAUAUCUAAUCUGGAUGGUCAGCGGGUUGUUCUAGAUGAGAGAGAGCCAACAAAGGGUAGAGUGUUUACAGAUAAACAAAAAGGUGCAUCCGUAAAACAGAGUGCAACUGUAACUACUUCAAGAAGUCAAGUGUCUACUGGAGAGGGAAGAACUCUAGGAAAGUCUAAUUCUAUCAAAAUGAAAGGCGAAAAUGGAAAAAAUGCUAGGGAAGUCCGGCUGUCAAAGAGAGAAGACUCUAUUGCAAAGAUUGGGAAAAAAAAAUGUCAGAAAAUAAAUUUGGAUGAAGCAGAGGAAUUUUUUGAACUCAUAUCCAAAGCUCAAAGUAACAGAGCAGAUGACCAACGUGGACUGCUAAGGAAAGAAGACCUUAUUCUUCCUGACUUUCUUCGUUUACCUCCCACUGGACCAGAACCAUCCUCAUCUACUCCCACAGGCUCUAAAGGCCUCAACAAGCGAGUUUCAAAAAAUGAUGGCAAGGAUGGAUGUACAUCACCAAGUGGAAAACAGGAAUCUCUACAAAACUUUAAUGAAAAUUCAGUUAAGAAAAUGGGUCACUCAGAAAAUAAGCAUAAAUCUGCUUUGACAGCACUUCAUAGUCAGAAGACUUUCAGUGUUCCUUUUAAUACUGCAUUGUCUCCGAUUCCGCAUGCACAGGAAAACAAUGCAACAAUAUGGAAAAGGCAGUCGAGAGAAUUGCAAGCUGAAGGCAUACAGAUGGUAGAUGAUGAGAAUGUGGCAGACUUGACUCUUGUGGCUGAAGGAGAUAUUAGUAGCCCUAACAGCACUUUGCUACCACCGCCACCACCAACACCACCAUCUGACGUCAGUAAACUCACAGAAGCCAACUACCCACCCCCAACUCCUUUUGCAGGUAAUCAGGAAAAAUCUGGAUUUCAAAGAUCCAAUUCAGGAAUACAAAACAGGAUAUCAGCAUUUUGAGCUCCAUGGCACUGUUGUGUUCCAGAUUUUCUGAUCCAUUUGUCAUAAUGAGAUACAUGAUUAGGGUUUGGAAGUUUAAGUGCUUUAGCGGGAACCCUAAUUAUGUGUUGAAAAUUACAGCGCUGUUUAUGAAUAAAAUUUGAAAUGGAUAAAAAAUAUUUCUCUAAUAAAUUACAUAUUUGUGACUAAAAGUAAAAAUGUUAGGUUUUUUUAACCCAUGCUUUGCUAGACAGAGAAACAGAUUGCAUCUACCACACUUUCUCCCCGAAUAUUCGCAUGUCAAAUAGCUCUUUCUAUUAGAUAAUUUUAAAGAAAAUAAAGAAAAUAUAGCUUUUUUUAGUAUGUAAGUUUCAUGGUUUAGCAAUAUCACAGAGCAAUAUUAGCCCAAGGCUGAAGUAUGGUAUUUCUUUAUAAACACAGACUCUAAUAAUAAUUGCUAUUACCAGAAACAAGAGUUUGAAGACAAUGGGUGUUGUGACAUUGACAUUUUACAGUCAUUAUACUGUACAUUUUAAUGUAAAAUAUAAGAAGAGGUAUCUAUGUGCUACAUUUAUUUUUGAUGUUUCACAAACAUAUGGUGCCAUAAUUUGUAUGAUCACAUUUCUUUGUGAUGUGGGAAUAUACAUUUUAAUUAUUUAUCUUUUUACACAGAGUAUUUGAUACUGUUCUUUAUCUGUAUGGUUGAUGAUUUGUAAAUACUUCUUCGGUUGUUGAAUGCUUAUAAAUGGCAAUGCAAAUUAUUACAUCCUCUUGGUAUUUAAAAAAAAAAAAUUCCUUUAUUAGUAGUAUUUGAGAAAUGUUCUAUAAGCACUACCACUUAAUUUCUGAAACUGAGUAUUGAACCGACUUGUAACCAGUGCCUACGAAUAACAAAACCACAAAAUGUACUUCAGACAUAUUGAUGUGUAUAUGCAUAGGUUUGUGUUGGUGUCUUUCUGAUAAUUUGACAAGUGUACACAUAGGUAUCAAUUUGCAUAUUUUUCAAGUGAGAACUGUUAAAAAAACCAUUUGCACUUAAAAAAAAACUUCAAGAAUUUACAAUAUUUUAAUGCAUGCCAUACGUUUCUGUGUAACCACUGAACUGUAGCUUUCCCUUUUCCCUCUUUCUACUUUUUACUUUGUAGAAAUCUUUGUGUAGUUUUCACAUGUAUUUUGUAUCUUUGUUCUCUCAGGAGUAAUAAAUUCUAGACCUAGUUA